AUGCAGGCAUGGUUUAUGGAUGAUAGCAACGAAGACCAGAGACUUCCUCACCAUCGUAACCCGAACGAGCCCGUCUCGCUGGAUUACUUGUCAGAGCUGGGAGUUUUGUACUGGAAGUUGAACCCUGACAACUACGAGAAUGAUUCCGAACUUGGCAAGAUUAGAGAAGAAAGGGGUUACGAUUACAUGGAUUUACUGGAUCUGUGUCCGGAGAAAGUAAGCAACUACGAGGAGAAGCUGAACAACUUUUUCACAGAACACAUUCACAAGGACGAAGAGAUCCGUUACUGCCUAGCGGGAAGUGGCUACUUUGAUGUUAGGGACAAGGAUGACCGUUGGAUUCGAAUAUGGAUGAAACCAGGCGAUCUCAUUGUCCUUCCUGCUGGAAUCUACCAUCGGUUCACACUCGACACCACCAACUACAUCAAGCUAAUGAGGUUGUUCGUUGGAGAACCGGUUUGGACACCAUAUAACCGGCCGCAGGAAGAUCAUCCGAUUCGAGCACAACAGAGCACAAAAGCUGUAGUUAAAAACUUUCCGAUCACAAAAUCCUCCCAUAGAGGAGUCAGAGUCUUCGAUGAUGUUAUCUGGGAUCUCAACUGUAGAGACGCUGUCAAACUCCGUGUAACUGUUUUCAUGCCUUACGAGCACUGA